CGAGGUGCAGAGUCAUUAUCAGCACAUCGCAGAUGUUUAGGUUUACAGAUGCAGGAUGUGUGCACACCUUCUCAUGGAUGGCGAGAAGGUGUGGCCGGUCAUUCUGAUGCACGCCCCUGUUCUACUGCACUCUUGCUGUGUAGCAGAGAGCGUGGGCUACCAGAACGACUGCACAGUGCUCUCAGCAUCGGUGUCAGCGCGUCACGGGAGUCUGCGUAGCGGCCCGGAUGCCUCAAAGUUCAUCGGGCGGUCGAGGAGAUUGUGUCCGACGGAUCAGACAAGAGGGGACGGCUGCGUACCUCAGCGGCGAUGACGAAUCCUUUUAAUGAGGCCUCUGAGCAGAGCAGGAGCAACACAGUGUGCUUUGAGCUGAUGGAUCCAUUCGGUCUGAUGCAUGUUUCAGCUUAUUCCUGGAAAAUAGCCUUGCAGAUAUCCAAAGAAGCAGAUUCCAUCCCACGGAUCCUCGUGCGGGAAAGAGUUGUGGUUCGGCAGCAGUCAAACACGGGGAUCUGAUGGUAAAAUGCCGCCCAGGUCCAUGCACUGCUGUCCUCCAUGCCUGAGUGCAGCGUGGCCCCUCCUUACACCGUGUGCCGAAGCUGACGGCCUCCCCAUGCACUCCUCCUCCUCCUGAGUGUCUCGCUGCCCCCUCUGCACCAUGCUGCCCUGCCGCCUCCAUGUCGUCCUCCUGGUGGCGCUCUUUGGCAGGCCCCUCCUCCUGCACAGUGACUCGGGCUUCGCCAGAAGGGAGAUCAAGAUUGACGGUGACCUGGUGCUGGGGGGCCUCUUCCCGGUGCAUGAGAAGGGCGCCAGCACGGACGAGUGCGGCCGCAUCAACGAGGGCCGCGGCAUCCAGCGGCUGGAGGCCAUGCUGUUCGCCAUCGACGAGAUCAACCGGGACCCGGCGCUGCUGCCCGGCGUCACGCUGGGCGUGCACAUCCUGGACACGUGCUCGCGUGACACCUACGCGCUGGAGCAGGCGCUCGAGUUCGUGCGCGCCUCCCUCACCAAGGUGGACGACACCGAGUUCAUCUGCCCGGACGGCUCCUACGCCCUGCAGGACAACGUGCCGCUGGCCAUCGCUGGCGUCGUCGGCGGCUCCUACAGCAGCGUGUCCAUACAGGUGGCCAACUUGCUGCGGCUGUUCCAGAUCCCCCAAAUCAGCUAUGCCUCCACCAGCGCCAAAUUGAGCGACAAAUCCCGCUAUGACUACUUUGCACGGACGGUGCCGCCCGACUUCUACCAGGCCAAGGCCAUGGCAGAGAUCCUACACUUCUUCAAUUGGACGUACGUGUCGACGGUGGCAUCUGAGGGUGACUAUGGCGAGACGGGCAUCGAGGCCUUCGAGCAGGAGGCGCGGCUGCGCAACAUCUGCAUCGCGACAUCUGAGAAGGUGGGCCGCUCCAACGCCAAGAAGUCGUACGAAGCCGUCAUUCGGCAGCUGCUGCAGAAGCCCAACGCCCGCGUGGUCGUGCUCUUCAUGCGCAGCGACGACGCCCGAGAGCUGCUGGCCGCCGCCGCCCGCCUCGCCGUCUCCUUCACCUGGAUCGCCAGCGAUGGCUGGGGGGCGCAAGAGAGCAUCGUCAAGGGCCAGGAGACGGUGGCCGAGGGUGCCAUCACGUUGGAGCUGGCCGCCCACCCCGUCGAGGAGUUCAACCGCUACUUCCAGUACCUGAACCCGGUCAACAACAGGAGGAACCCCUGGUACAAGGACUUCUGGGAACAGAAGUUCCAGUGCACGCUGGGCGGGGAGGACAGCCGCAGGCCCUGCGCCAAGCACCUGGCCAUCGACAGCUCCAACUUUGAACCUGAGUCCAAAAUAAUGUUCGUGGUGAACGCGGUGUACGCCAUGGCGCAUGCCUUGCACAAGAUGCAGCGGACACUGUGCAGCAACACGACGCAGCUGUGCGACAGCAUGAGGCCACUGGAUGGGAGGAGGCUCUACAGGGACUACCUGCUCAACAUCAACUUCAGGGCACCAUUUUCACCUCCUGGAAUCGAGAACUUUGUGAAGUUUGACACCUAUGGAGAUGGCAUGGGCCGCUAUAACAUCUUCAACUAUCAGAAGACAGCAGACAAGUACUCCUACAUCCAUGUCGGUGAGUGGGCGGAGACACUGACCCUCAACAAUGACCUCAUCCAGUGGCCCCACCUCACAGCACCCACUUCACAGUGCAGUGACCCCUGUGCCCGCAAUGAAAUGAAGAAGAUGCAAGCAGGUGAGUUCUGCUGCUGGAUUUGCACUCCGUGUGACUCCUACGAGUACCUGGCCGAUGAGUUCACCUGUGUGCCCUGUGGUGCCGGCCAAUGGCCCAGUGAGGACCUCAAGGGCUGCUACGACCUGCCCGAGGACUAUAUCAUGUGGGAGGAUGCCUGGGCCAUCGGGCCUGUAGCCAUCGCAUGCAUGGGCUUUGUCUGCACCCUCCUGGUAGCUGGCGUCUUCAUCCGGCACAACAACACGCCGCUGGUGAAGGCGUCCGGCCGCGAACUCUGCUACAUCCUGUUGUUGGGUGUCCUCAUGUCCUACUCCAUGACGUUCUUCUUCAUUGCCAAGCCAUCACCGGCCAUCUGUGCCCUGCGCCGUCUUGGUCUGGGCACUUCCUUCGCCGUCUGCUACUCGGCGCUCCUCACCAAGACCAACCGCAUCGCCCGCAUCUUUGGUGGUGUGAAGGACGGCGCCCAGCGUCCGCGUUUCAUCAGCCCAAGCUCUCAGGUCUUCAUCUGCCUGAGUCUCAUCUCCGUCCAGCUGCUCCUGGCGUCUGUCUGGCUGCUACUAGAGCCGCCGGGGACGCGGCGUUUCACACUGCCGGAGAAGCGGGAGACGGUCAUCCUCAAGUGCAACGUGCACGACUCUAGCAUGCUGCUCUCCCUGGCCUACGACGUGCUGCUGGUCAUCCUGUGCACCGUCUACGCCUUCAAGACCAGAAAAUGUCCCGAAAACUUCAAUGAGGCCAAGUUCAUUGGCUUCACCAUGUACACCACCUGCAUCAUCUGGCUGGCCUUCCUGCCCAUCUUCUACGUCACCUCCAGUGACUACAGGGUGCAGACCACCACCAUGUGCAUUUCGGUCAGCCUGAGUGGUUUUGUGGUGCUUGGCUGCAUGUUCGCCCCCAAGGUUCACAUCAUAAUGUUCCAGCCGCAGAAGAAUGUCACCAGCCACCGGAUGAACAUGAGCCGCUUCAGCGUGGCGGGACCUGGGCCGGCCUACUCUCACGCAUCGGCGGUGGCAGAUGUGGGCAGGAUGACAGCCUCUGUGAAUGCUCGCUUCGUUCCCGCUGUGUGCAACGGGAGGGAGAUCGUGGACUCGACCACCUCAUCCCUGUGAGCGCGGACCACGGGAUCGCAGCUCCCAGACUGUUAGUGGCCCGGUGGCUGCUGUGCGUCGCCCCCGCUGCUCUCAUGCAGGAAGGAGCUUCACACGAUUUUUAAGGGCUGUACAUAUCAACUGAGGUCAUUGUAGAGAGAAGAAAAGUCUUUAUAGUCUGUUUUCUGGGAAUUUGUUUUUGAUAAUUUUCUUAUGCUUUGUAAAUAACCACGACCCCCAUUGUAAUGUGGUCAUUGAUCAGUUCAGACUCAAGGGUAACAAAGGGGCCAUGCCAGCGGUACGGGGGAGACAAUGUGCCCGUUUGUUUUGUUUUUAAUUAAUUCAGUAUGCAUUUCUAUGUCAUUGUAGAUAAAACAUGUACAUUAAACGUUACUGAUGGUUUUAACAGCACAAGUCAGCGAUAUUACAGGAGGUGUCACAGUGUAUAAAAAGCUACUAAUCGGUGUUAUUGACAUCCAUGUCUUCUUUAAGAACAGCCUGCGCCCAUCCGCGUCAUGCCUCCAGUGUCGUGUUGAUUAGUCUAUGAUUAGUAAAACGUAACCCUGUCUAUCGAUGGCUUUUUGUGCCUUAACUCGUGUUUUUGUAGUUUUAUGCAGGGGCCGUGUCUUUGGAUGGGUGGUGCAUGUUUGAAUGAUCAGACGUGCAGGUGACCCCUUUUCGGCUCAUGUCACCCACACCGAUACCUGUGAGUCUUCCUGGGGUUCAAUGGAUGGCUCUAUGCUCGUAAUGCAGGACGGCUCAUCUCUGAGCAGAAACAUACAAGUCACAGGUCCACCCAUGAUGCUCAAAUGACUACAAUGGGCAGCAGAUAUAAAUAACCUGCAGGAGACGUUGCACAGCGAGCCUCAGGGAGGGCAGGAGAGGCAGGAGAGGCAGGAGAGGCAGGAGGUCGAGCCCAAACACAGGAUGCGGAUGCUGCCCGUCAAUCUCGCGCUUGUCAUGUCUUCCAGCUGAUUCACGUUCUUCAGGCAGAGUCUCGUAUCAUCUCACAUUAAUUUAAACCACGUUCGCUGCCUGUUUUUUAUGGGUAACAGUAGUGGAGUUGUCAAUCAAUAUUUAUUUAGUAGUCAAUUUUUUUUAAGCAACAUACUUUUUUUUUGAGAAAGCAGGGUCAGCCAGUCCCUGGAGCAAUUGGGGGGUUAGGGCCUUACUCAGGGGCCCAACAGUGACA